AUGAGCACCGACUACUUAGAGUGGAUUUCAAUUUCUUACAUCAUUGUACUUGUUGGAUUUGCAGCAACGUUAAUUUUCGGAUUGCUUUUGAUCAUCUUAAAUAUUUUCUGUGUACGUGGAGUAUUCAUAACUUAUAGAAUUCUUAUGAUAACCUUCACAUGCUCAGGAAUUCUUUUUUCAACGUUUGAAGUUGUCUUUAAUCCAAACAUGUUUUCUUACAACUCUGGAACAAUAUAUUUUACACUAAGCAAGCCAUUUGGGUUCGGUAAGGAUGUCUUAACAGUGUCCCUUGUUGUUUACACAGGAUUAUACUCUGCCACCACUUGCUUAAUUGCGAUUCAAUUCAUUUAUCGAUACUGGGCGGUUUUUGACGAGACUAAACUCCGACUUUUCCAUGGAUGGCAUAUCUCCAUCUGGAUUAUUUACGUGUUAUAUUUUGGAAUGCAAUGGGCAAUUGGAGCGUACAAUUUUGUGAAGACUGAUCAAGUUGCAAAAGAUUUUUUCCGAGAAGAAAUUAUGCUCCGCUUUAACGCCAGUAUUGAUGAUUUACCAGCACUUUCUCUGGUAGCUUUCGAUCCGAGCAACGGCAGUAUAAGAUGGUGGAACGUGAUGACUAUCGUUAACAUGUCUUUUAUUAUGAGUAUCCAAUACGGAAUAAUCAUUUAUUGUGGAUGGUCCAUGUAUUCUAAAAUGGAGGAAAAAAUCAAAAACUAUUCAAUAGUACUUCAAAAACAUCACAAUCAGCUUUUCAAAACUUUAGUGCUUCAGAUAAUAGCUCCCACUGUUUUUCUCCUCACACCCCUCUCAUUCAUCAUCUAUCUUCCAUUUUUUAAUAUUAAGUGUAGCCUACCAACGGGUGUUCUGCUUUCGUUAUUUACUUUAUAUCCAACUGCUGAUUCAGUUGUUGUGAUAUAUGUGGUAACGGAAUACCGACAAAAAUUGAAACUUCUCACAGAUUGCUUUAUCACAACUUUAAAGAAUAUUCGUUGCUGGAAAAACAAUCAAAUAAAUGUUCAAGGGACAACACAGACUAGAACGAUGUAG